AAGAAAAGAAAAUGGCGGUUUAAACCCCUGAAGGAAAAGAAACAAACAAUUAGUAAAACCCUAGAAAACCAAAGAAGGCGAAGUCAGUGUCUCUUCUCUUCCCCAGUGCUUGCACGUUUUGUAGCAGAUAGAAGAGAAAGAAGAAGAACCCAGAAAAGGAAGAGACCCGAGUCAGCGAGCAGAAUGGUGGCAGGGCUUAAAGAAUUCACUGCAAGAGUUGAAAGAAACGGUGUUUAUGAACCAGUUCUGGAUGCGGAGAACGGUGAGGAGCUGAUGCGCGUUCAGCCUGGUGUUUCUAUUGUCCUCGGUAAUCGACCCCCUGAGUCCCCGGGCACCCUCUACAUCUCCACCAAGCAAGUGGUUUGGUUGAGUGACGUUGAUAGGGAGAAGGGUUAUGCUGUGGACUUCUUGUCUAUAUCACUGCACGCUGUGUCCAGAGACCCGGAGGCCUACACCUCUCCUUGUAUUUACACUCAGAUUGAAACUGAGGAUGACGAGGACGAGUCUGACGGUUCCGAUUCAGAAUCCAAUGGUGUCUUAGAUUUAUCCAAGAUCACAGAAAUGAGACUUGUUCCUUCAGAUCCUAACCAAUUGGAUUCUCUGUUUGAGGUGUUUUGCGAGUGUGCAGAGCUUAAUCCUGAACCAAUUGAAGAAGGGGAAGAAGAGCAUAACUGGAUUUUUAGUGCCGAUCAAUUGGAAGACGAGGCAGUUGGGGACGAUUCUGAGUGGCCUGUUCCUCAAAAUCUUUCAAACCCAAUUGGUCAAUCGAACGGGGAUCAUGACCUAGCUCGUACUGUGCUUGAGCUUCAGAUCAACGAUCAGCGCUUUGAGGAUGCCGAAGAAAUGGAGCAUGAGCGACAGUGAUCGCCAUUAAUUUUCAUUUGCCUUUCAAUGUUUCAUCUCGUUCAAGUGCUGCCUUCACCCCCCGCCUCGCUUUCUUGUUGUGCACUCAAAUAUUGCUGUAUAUGCGAACAAAUUGUCGUAACUCUGUUAGUUCGUGACACAAAGUGGAUUAGGGAAUUUGUGACUAGUACCUUGACGCCUUUCGGUGUAGUCUAUGUGCUACUUUUGUGGUAUCUUUAUGGAAAGUUAACCAUUAAUUUCUUUGGUUUUUCUU